CUGAAUCCUUCUUCAACCUUCUUCCUUCUAGAGGGGCACCUUCAACCAGCUCCGCGGUGCACUGGCAGCGGCGUCCUUAGUUGUAAAGAAUAAGUGGAAAUAACACUUUUACACAGACACAAUGUCCUUUCUGACUGUCAGCAGGCUAGCGCCUAAACUCCUCAAUUCAAAGAAUGCCUCCUACUUUCUUGUGGCUGCCAGAAAUGCCAGCGCAUCAACAACAAAUCUGAAGGAUGUGCUGGCAGACCUGAUCCCUAAAGAACAGACCAGGAUCAAGAACUUUAAACAACAGUAUGGCAAAACCAACAUAGGUCAGAUCACUGUUGACAUGGUCUAUGGAGGUAUGAGGGGGAUGAAGGGUCUGGUGUACGAGACCUCUGUUUUGGAUCCUGAGGAGGGCAUCCGUUUUCGGAGCUACAGCAUUCCAGAGUGUCAGAAGUUGCUGCCUAAAGCUCCAGGAGGUGAGGAGCCGCUGCCUGAGGGCCUCUUCUGGCUGCUGGUCACAGGGCAGGUGCCCACUGAGGAGCAGGUGAACUGGGUGUCCAAAGAGUGGGCAAAGAGAGCAGCGCUGCCCUCCCACGUUGUCACCAUGUUGGAUAACUUCCCCACAAACCUGCACCCCAUGUCUCAGUUCAGUGCUGCCAUCACAGCUCUGAACAGCGAGAGCAGCUUCGCGCGGGCUUAUUCUGAGGGUGUGCACAAGUCCAAGUACUGGGAGUUUGUCUAUGAAGACUCCAUGGACUUGAUUGCCAAGCUCCCCUGCAUUGCUGCCAAGAUCUACCGCAACCUGUACCGCGAAGGCAGCAGUAUCGGAGCCAUCGACUCCAACCUGGACUGGUCCCACAACUUCACCAACAUGCUGGGCUACAGUGAUUCCCAGUUCACUGAGCUAAUGAGGCUCUACCUCACCAUCCACAGUGAUCAUGAAGGAGGCAACGUCAGUGCCCACACCAGCCACUUGGUGGGUAGCGCACUGUCUGACCCCUACCUGUCCUUCAGCGCCGCCAUGAACGGUCUGGCUGGUCCUCUGCACGGCCUGGCCAAUCAGGAGGUGCUGGUGUGGCUGACUGCCCUGCAGAAGGAGCUGGGAGGAGAGGUGUCUGAUGAGAGGAUGAGGGAUUACAUCUGGAACACACUCAAGUCUGGAAGGGUGGUGCCAGGCUAUGGCCACGCUGUCCUGAGGAAGACUGACCCACGUUACACCUGCCAGCGUGAAUUUGCCCUGAAGCAUCUGCCCAACGACCCCAUGUUCAAGUUGGUUGCCCAGCUUUACAAGAUUGUGCCCAAUGUGCUUCUGGAGCAGGGCAAGGCCAAGAACCCCUGGCCCAAUGUGGACGCUCACAGUGGAGUGCUGCUGCAGUAUUAUGGUAUGACUGAGAUGAAUUACUACACUGUGCUCUUCGGGGUGUCCCGAGCCCUCGGCGUGUUGGCUCAGCUGGUGUGGAGUAGAGCCUUGGGCUUCCCCUUGGAGCGCCCCAAGUCCAUGAGCACAGAUGGACUGAUGUCACUGGUGGGAGCCAAGUCAGGCUGAAGAACCACCUGAAAAGAGCUGGGGGUUAGUGUGAAGGGUGGUAGGAGGUGGAAAUAUCAAAGGGCAGACAGAAGUUGACCCCCUGUCAUUUCCGACCCCAGGGAUUCAAUGGGAUUCAAAGAGACAGUACGCUUUUAAUGUCAUUUCACAAAAAGAAGGGCCUUUUAAAUCGUCGCACCAUUAGUGUUUAAGUGUGUUUAGUUAACCACAAGUUUUUCCCGCCAUGUCUCCCAUGUUUGGAACAUGUGAGGCGACAGCUUCAGACACACAUACAUGUAUCCCACAGUAGGCUCAAACUAUGUACUAUUAUAAGUCUGCUAGCAUCGCUAACAUUUUCCCCUGUCAGUGCCUGUGUGUUUGUCAUUGAGCACUGGGUCUGAGCUAUGAAUAGGCAGUGGCAUUCAAAGGGAAUUAUGGGGGUGACCUACACUUCCUUUGUAUUUCUUCAAAUAUCUAAAGUUAAAUACCCGACUCUGCCUUUGCUGCUUUUGGCUAAUGCAGUGAUUUGUUUUAGAGCGCAUCCCCAAUCAAAAGACCUUUCCCCCCCCCCCAAAUGAGACUCUCAGCUUAGUUUUUCCGCUAUGCAAUGUUCCCAGACGCCAUCCCACCCAGUCUAUGGAUGCAUUUCACUCCCGUUUAUGAACACUCCAGUUUAGGAAAAAAAAAAAGGUCCUCAGUAGUAAAAUUAACAA